UUAAUUAUUCUAUUUGUGAUUCCCCAGGUGUUGCAGCAGGAAACACAGGCUUUUCCUGACAGUCGUGCGUCGUAUAAUUACGAAGAAAAUUCAAUGGGAUUUAACAAUUCCCGUAGUUCAAAUGAACGACAUAUCCGUUUCAGUUCGCCAGGAUCAGAUAAAAUAAUAUUUCCCACCGAAAAACCUUCAGAGCCUGAAAUUAAUUACACGCCAGAAUUAGCUCCUGGUUGCUAUAACUCGACAUUUUGCGAGUAUGUACCAAAUUAUCCAAAGGAGUAUGUUAAGCAUACUAUUAAAAAUAUGGAAGAUUUAAAAUAUUUGUCCUUUGUAGAUGAGUCACCUGAAAUUAGUCAACGAAUUGAUCUUCCUGAAGAUGAUUCUCUGUGUGCUGUUGAUUCAACAGUAACAUUUCCAAAGUCAGCUCAAAAUAAACAAAACGAGUGGCUGUUUAUAAUUAAUGAAGAUGAUUUUCUUCAAGGAGUUCGUAUUGAAAAAUGCAUAACUGAAAACACCAGUUGUAAACUGAUAGAGAAAUUCGCUGAAGGUUACGUGACAAGCUGUAAACAAAAAUUUAUUUAUCGUCAAUUAGCAGCAAUAAGAAUCAACGGAACAGUCGGGCCAGAUUGGUUUUCAUUCCCAUCAAGUUGUUGUUGCCAUGUUAAAUUUAUCGGGCAUCCGUUGCAGAGGAUUGCCAGCGCCAGAAUGAACAUCAACAAUAACAAUAAUAACUAA